UCUGGAGGUGGCGGCUGUGUCUGGAAGCAGAGCUUGCCAAGCUGGACGACAAGAUGCUUCGCACCCCCAAGUGCUCGAGGUGCCGGAACCAUGGCUACCUGGUGCCAGUCAAGGGCCAUGCGGGCAAGUGCCGCUGGAAGCAGUGCAUCUGCGAUAAGUGCUACCUGAUCACCGAGCGCCAGAAGAUCAUGGCUGCCCAGAAGGUGCUCAAGACCCAAGCUGCCGAGGAGCAGGGGUCCCAGCUGCCUCCUGGGGCUCCUGUGGUGGCCGCUGCCUCCUCGAGCUCCAGCAUUUGCCCACUGCCCAGGGUGGCUCCGGGAGGCUCCGGGCCAGGCCCCGUGGCCGCCUACUUCCUCGAGAGGCCCCCGCAGGCCCGGAGCCCAAGCCCGAACGCCUUCCAGCUGGUUCCAGGCGGCCACCCGGGCCCCAGCUCCUUCCAGCCUGGCCUGGGAGGCCCCGGGGGCCCGUCCGACCGUCCCCCCGCGUGGCUGCCCCAGCUCAGCCCGCAGGUGCCCAGGCCGGAGCCCUGCGGCCCCGAGCAGCUCCUGCCAAUGCGGCCCGUGCCGCGACUGCCGUUCACCGACUACGGGCAUCCUCUGAGAUUCAGCUCUGAUCAUGUGGCAGGAGCUGGGUACCCUGAGAGAGAGCCUUUCAAGCAGUGCCCUGCCUGUGUCCCCAUGCCAUCCUACCAGCCCUUCCCUCUGGAUGGCCAGGAUGCGUCCUCAGCUGUGGGGAUCCCUCAACAAAGAAGCUUCCGUCACGUCUCCUGUAGCCCCUACCAUGGAGGCAGCUUGGUGUCAGAACCAGCAGGAGACCUCCAGCCGGCCUACUGCUCAUCGCCGCCGCCGCCGCCACCACCAUCCCAGCCUCAGCAGUCCCAGUUCCUCCCGCCAGGCUACCUCUCUGCUCUCCACUACCUGCCGCCGCCACCCCCACCUCCGUCUCCACCGUCUUUCUCACUGGCCAUCACGUACGAUACAGACAAGGAGAAUGCCAAUGCUCAGGAUGCAGCAGGCCCCAGAGAGUCCAGCCAGCACUCCCCCCAGGAGCACUCCCCCCAGGAGCACACUUCCCAGGAGCAGUCCAACUAAGCUGCAGGCCUCCUCAAGGGCCACUGGAUGGGGAGGGGCAUAUACGACAGCAAUUAUUGUUCUCGCCUGUGUUCAUGUUUUAUAGCGAGGAAAGAUAUUGAUAGGGAUAAAAUGGCAGCUAAUUCUGAUUUCAAGACAGGAGGAGGCAUUUGGUUUCUAGGGUUCUCUGGACCCUGUCUGGGUGUUGAAGUGGUGUGUGAAGGGAGACAGUGUUCGGGUCGGGCAGGGCCUUUGAAGAGUGGGGGCUGGGGAAACACAAGUUUGGGAAUGAAUUUAACCAUCCUGGGCCAUGCCACUUAUGAAAUUCACCUCUACAGGUGGCCUCUGAUUUCCCCAGCCUCACACAGGACAGAAGGCACUAUCCAUUUCAGCCUUCUGCCCACUUUGUCCGAUCCCCAGGGCUGGGCACCAGACAUUAAGGCUUUCAGCCUACACAGGGCUGGAGCCAGGGACUGGGGUGUUGACAGCAGGUCCUGCAGCACCCCUCCUUUGCUCAGCCGUCGCCCUUGUCCUUGUCCAGCUAGUGAACGCCCGCGACUGGGCCACUUCACUCUGAAGUUUAAGCAAUGGCAGGCUCCUUUCUCAUUUAAAGUUUUUGGUUUUAGCGUUGAAUGCUUUUAGGGUAGGAAACUCAUAGGCACUGAAGCAGUUCUCGGAGCAUAAAAUGGUGGCUUGUUCUCUGAGGACAGUUAAGCGUUGAAUAAAGCGAGCAUCAGAAA